AAACUGAUACAAAUAAAUUUUUGUAGGUUCCCACAUGUGCCUGGAAUCUAUUCGGAUGAACAAGUAGAGGCAUGGAAGCAAGUUGUGGAAGCAGUUCACGCUAAGGGAGGUUUCAUCUUCUGUCAGUUAUGGCAUGUUGGACGUGCUUCUCAUCCAGUGUAUCAAGUUAAUGGAGGGUCGCCAAUAUCGUCAACAAACACACCCAUCUCCGAAAGGUGGCGAGUUCUUUUGCCUGAUGGGUCACACGGGAAAUACCCGAAACCCCGAGCAUUAGAAGCUUCCGAGGUACGUCAAGUGGUGGAGGAUUAUAGCCGCUCUGCUCUUAAUGCGAUCCGAGCUGGUUUCGACGGGAUUGAGAUCCACGGGGCGCAUGGUUACCUCAUUGAUCAAUUUUUGAAAGAUGGGAUCAAUGACCGUACUGACCAAUACGGAGGCUCCAUUGCAAACCGUUGUAGAUUCUUACAAGAAGUAGUGGAAGGUGUGGUUUCAGCCAUAGGAGCUAGUAAAGUUGCCGUGAGGGUCUCUCCGGCAAUAGACCACAUGGACGCAACUGAUUCUGACCCGUUAUCCCUCGGGCUAGCCGUUGUUGAUUUACUCAAUAAGUUACAAGUAGCUAAUGGCUCGAAGCUCGCUUACCUUCAUGUAACACAACCUCGCUACCACGCCUACGGCCAAACUGAGUCUGGAAGGCAAGGCAGUGAUGAGGAAGAAGCUAAGCUAAUGAAGAGCUUACGAACGGCUUACAAUGGAACCUUUAUGUCUAGUGGAGGAUUCAACAAGGAACUGGGCAUGCAAGCUAUUCAACAAGGUGCUGCGGAUUUGGUUUCAUAUGGGAGGCUGUUUAUUGCAAACCCGGAUUUGGUUUCGCGGUUCAAGAUUGAUGGAAAGUUGAAUAAAUAUAAUCGGAAGACGUUUUACACUCAAGAUCCAGUCCUUGGUUACACGGAUUAUCCUUUCUUGGCUACUUUUUCCCGCCUCUGAGUUUUAUUAUCGAUGAAUGUAAGAUGACAAUGGUAUCGUUAUCCACUUAAUAAAAUAGUUUGACCGCCGUAAUUGUGGAAAAAAAAAAAAAAUUGCUUAUGGCAAAUUUUUCACUUGUAAUCAAAAUUUAUCUUAUUUA